CAUGAUUGAUCAAGCACAUCACCCAAGUGUUUCCCAGAAGCUAGCAGCUGGGAGUCUUCUAGGAUCAAGCAUGUCACAGUUCCAUGCUUGCGAGAAUGGUUUACAGCAACCACACAUGUUUCGUAGGCAUUUCCAUAACCAAACCUACACAAACGCCGCCUUUCAGCACCCCAUGCACCCGCGAACUCAAUUCCCUGUUGUCCCAAAAUCAUCUUCUAUUUGCGUUCAAGCCCCAGCAGAAAAAGGUUUUACAGGAUUCGCCAUUGAUUUCCUCAUGGGUGGAGUUUCUGCAGCCGUAUCAAAAACUGCUGCAGCUCCAAUCGAACGUGUCAAGCUUUUGAUUCAGAAUCAAGAUGAGAUGAUUAAGGCCGGUAGGUUAUCUGAACCAUAUAAAGGCAUUGGUGAUUGUUUUGGUCGAACAAUCAAGGAUGAAGGUUUUGCUUCAUUGUGGAGAGGAAACACAGCUAAUGUCAUUCGUUAUUUCCCAACUCAGGCAUUGAACUUUGCAUUCAAAGAUUACUUUAAGAGGCUUUUCAACUUCAGAAAAGAUAGAGAUGGUUACUGGAAAUGGUUCGCAGGUAACUUGGCAUCGGGAGGUGCAGCUGGUGCUUCUUCUCUCUUUUUUGUUUAUUCGCUUGAUUAUGCGAGAACCCGUUUGGCAAAUGAUUCUAAGGCUGCAAAGAAGGGUGGAGGGAGGCAGUUUAAUGGUUUGGUUGAUGUCUACAAGAAGACAUUAGCAACCGAUGGUAUUGGUGGCCUUUAUCGAGGGUUUACUAUUUCGUGUGUUGGAAUUAUCGUCUAUCGUGGUUUGUACUUUGGGUUGUAUGAUUCUUUGAAGCCCGUCAUUCUCACAGGAAAAUUGCAGGAUAGUUUCUUUGCUAGCUUUGCACUGGGUUGGGUGAUCACAAACGGUGCUGGACUUGCAUCGUAUCCAAUUGACACAGUACGUAGAAGAAUGAUGAUGACAUCUGGUGAAGCAGUCAAGUACAAGGGUUCCAUGGAUGCAUUGACUCAGAUCAUGAAAAACGAGGGCGCAAAGUCUCUAUUUAAGGGUGCUGGUGCCAACAUUCUCCGAGCCAUCGCAGGUGCUGGUGUGCUCUCUGGUUAUGACAAAUUGCAGCUGCUCGUCCUUGGAAAGAAGUACGGAUCAGGUGGUGCUUAAAUGAAGAUAGCUUUUUUUCCUCUAUAUAUGGUGACGAAAAGCUUACGAUUUUUUAAUGAUUUUUUUUCCUUUUUUUUAUUAUAAUAGUCUUAAUAAUAAUGGGUGGCUUUCAGUAUUUGACCGCCGAUUCUGAUUUUCUAUUUUGAUACAUAUAUCUUGUACUACCUGAUUUUAUGGUGUGGUUAUUG